AUGGCGGAAAGCUCGAUCAAGCGUUCGCUAGGUGUUGACCUCACGCGCACCAUUCAAGAGGCGCGCGUGCUGCUGGUUGGCGCCGGCGGCAUUGGGUGCGAGCUCCUCAAAAACCUCGUCCUGACAGGCUUCGGUGAAAUUCACAUCAUCGACCUUGACACAAUCGACCUGAGCAACCUCAACCGCCAAUUCCUUUUCCGACAUGAACACAUUAAGAAGCCAAAGGCCCUGGUUGCGAAGGAGGUUGCGCAUAAGUUCCAGCCAAAGGCCAAGCUAGAGGCCUACCAUGCCAACGUCAUGGACAAGCGGUUCAACGUGGAGUGGUUUCAAUCAUUUAACCUUGUCUUCAAUGCGCUUGACAAUCUCGCUGCACGACGCCAUGUGAAUCACAUGUGCCUUGCCGCAGCUGUUCCCUUGAUUGAGAGUGGCACCACAGGCUUCAACGGCCAGGUGCAAGUCAUUGAGAAGGGAUUGACUGAGUGCUAUGAUUGCAACCCCAAAGAGACCCCCAAAGCGCAUCCUAUCUGCACAAUCCGCAGUUCGCCGACUCAACCAAUCCAUUGCAUCGUGUGGGGUAAAAGCUAUCUAUUGCCUGAGUUGUUUGGAGAUAGUGAGGACAGUCCAGAGGGCCUUGAUAAUUCAACAACCGCAGACAAUGCCGAUGAAAUCGCAAAAUUGAAGCAACAAGCGCAGCAGCUCCAAGAAAUCCGCGAUUCCAUGGGCUCUGAAGAGUUUCCACACAAGGUCUUUGACAAAGUAUUCAGGAUAGACAUUGAGGAACUGCGUGGAAUGGAAGGUAUGUGGAAAGAGCGCAAAGCACCCGAGGCUCUUGACUGGGACCAGCUCCAGGAGCAGUCCAAGUCCGUCGACCCUACAGUCGUCGACAUAGACCAGAGGGAAUGGACAGAGCCAGAAGCCUUUUACGUGUUCAAGGAUAGCCUGGACCGCUUGAGCAAGCGCCUUAAAGAGCUCCAGAAGACUGCAUCGUCCGAAGGCCCUACUCCAAUCAUAGAGUUUGACAAAGAUGAUAAUGACACAUUGGAUUUUGUGACCGCAACGGCUAUCCUGCGUGCUGCGAUAUUCGAUAUUGAACCUAAAUCUAAAUUUGAUACUAAGCAGAUGGCUGGCAACAUUAUCCCCGCCAUUGCCACUACAAAUGCCAUGACCGCUGGGCUCUGUGUGCUCCAGGCUUUCAAAGUACUCCAGGGUGAUCUCGCAAAUUCAAAGAUGGUUUUCCUCGAGAGAUCUGGAGCCCGCGCUAUCAACUCUGAUUCUUUGAACCCUCCAAGACCGGAUUGCGGCGUUUGUUCAGCGGUGCAUGGGCAGGUAAUUGUCGACCCUGAACAAGCAACCCUUAACGACAUCGUGGAGGGAGUACUUCGAUCAGAGUUAGGCUACGGCGAGGAGCUCUCCAUUCUCAAAGAGUCGGGUAUUAUAUACGAUCCCGAUCUUGAAGACAAUCUCCCCAAAAAAUUGUCGGAGCUCGGAAUCACAAAAGACUCGUGGAUCACUGUCGUCGAUGAGGAUGAUCAAGAUCAAGAUCCUCGCGUGAACUUGGAGCUUUUUAUCAUUGAAAAAACGGAACCAGCCGCUGAAGAGGUCAAGCCCGCCGUGCUGAAAAAGGUCGUGGACAUCCCACGUAAACCAAAACAAGCGACACAGCCCGCUUCCGAAGAUGCACUGACAAACGGUGCCUCUUCAACUGGCAAGCGAAAGCGGGAAGCUGAAGAUGAUGACCUGACGAAUGGACACGUCGCCAAAAAGGUCGCGGGCGAGUCAACGUCUAAUGGAAACAACAGCGAGCCCAUCAUUAUAGAAGACGAAGGUGCUAUCUUGAUCGACGACUAG